GUCCAGCCAAUGCUUGGGCACCAGCCCGCACCCAGACUGCAAUUCUCGGGUGAGGGAAGGGGCGCCGGGAACCUCUCGCCUUCGCUGGCGCCGCCGGCUCUCAGCACCAGCAGCACCGGAACGCGGCGGCGGCCACCCGCGCGGCACGCCGCCGCUGCCGCGGUACGAGGAGCCCAAACGCCGGCACCAGCUUCGCUUUUCCCGUACAGGCGCGUUGCGAAAAGCUCCCCCGCAUGCCUUUGGUCUGAAAAGCCUCCGUAUGCGGCAUCCCCUGCUCGGCACAUCUCUCGGCGAAGCAUCUCCUCCUGGAGCUAGAGAACCCCAGAGCCCUAGCGCAAGCCUCGGGCUCCAGAUCCCGGCUCUAGCCAUGUCGGCCUGGAGGCAAGCGUGGCAGUUCGCGGCCGCGCUGGUCUUCUUCCACGGCUCCGAGUACGUGCUCGCCGCCGCUUUCCACGGCCGCCGGAACGUCACCGCCACAUCACUUCUUAUCAGCAAGCAGUAUGUAUUGGCAAUGAGCUUCGCAAUGCUGGAACAUCUGACAGAAAUCCUUAUCUUCCCGGAAAUAAAGGAGUACUGGUUUAUCAGUAAUAUUGGCCUUCUAAUGGUGCUUAUCGGUGAAAUUGUCCGUAAAGUUGCUGUUGUGACAGCUGGGCGUGCCUUCACGCAUGUUAUAAGAAUUUAUCAUGAAGAUCAGCAUCAGUUGGUUACCCAUGGGGUGUAUAGGUUUAUGCGCCAUCCUGGGUAUUCUGGUUUUCUUAUAUGGGCAGUAGGAACCCAGGUUAUGCUCUGUAAUCCAGUAUCAACAGUUGCAUUCAUUUUGGUGCUGUGGCGAUUCUUUUCAAAACGGAUACCGUAUGAAGAAUUUUUCUUGAGGCAAUUCUUUGGCUCUGAAUACGAAGAAUAUGCGCGGAGAGUGCACUCUGGCUUACCAUUUAUUAAGUGAGAGCAUCACACUUGCAAAGUGUGCUGCCUCUUGCUGUUGUCACAUUGAUAUGUCAAAGUAAAGCAUCAAACAAUAUGAAAUCAAGAGAUAACAAAGAAAGGAGCCAUGAGAUGGAUCUCAUACAAUACAAGACAAAUCAGAAAUUUAUAGUCUGUAGUCAAACAGAUGAGUCAUUCAUCAGCUCAUAGAUCUUGUGCAAAUUUUGAGCUGUAACUCAAGCUUUUUUUCACCUUCAUAGUGAUGUUCACUCACAGCUACAACUUGUGGAAGCUCCCGCUUCAUUAGAUUUGAGCUGGACAGUUUAAGGUAAUGUUUACAAUUUGUUGUUAUUAACACCACUUUGUCUUGUGUGCGAA